AGUGGUUAGAUAUGGCGCUUAUUUUAAAGGGAUCAAUUAAGUUAUACCAUUAUUUAAAUGAAGAUAUCGUUGAUGAAAGGACUCGAGAUUGGUUUCUAAUUGGUUCCCCCUGGCCUGCUUUAGCAUUAAUAAUAUUCUAUUUAUUCGCUGUAUUGAAAUGGUUGCCAAACUAUAUGAAAGACCGCCCUGCAUACGAUCUUCGGACUGUCAUUGCAAUAUAUAACGCAUUUCAGAUAGCAUUCUGUGCGUAUGUGGUAUAUUAUAGCCUUCGACUUGGGUGGUUAGCUAAUUAUUCCUUGGUUUGCCACCCGGUGGAUGACGGAUCUCACAGCGUUGACUACGCCUGGAAAGUAUGCUACGGAUAUUUCGCUAUAAAACUUAUCGAUUUGUUUGAUACGGUAUUUUUUGUAUUGAGAAAAAAACAAAAUCAAGUAUCAUUCCUCCACGUGUAUCAUCACUUUGGAAUGGUCGCCGUCGCGUGGGGAAUGGUGAAAUGGGUACCAGGUGGUCACAUGACGCUGUUGGUUCCUAUUAACUCGUUUGUCCACAUCGUGAUGUACUCAUACUAUUUGCUCACUAUAUGCAAUGAGUCGUACAAGAAAUCUAUUUGGUGGAAGAAACACGUCACACAAUUACAAAUAGUUCAGUUCACAAUAUUACUAGUGCAUUUUACAGUCCUCGCAGUGGCACCGGAUUGUCCGUGCCCACGAAUUCCUGCCUACAUCCUAAUUCCUCAAAACCUCUUUAUGGUUAUACUCUUUAGUGAUUUCUACUAUCGCUCUUAUAUUAAACCUAAUAAAGUAAAAAAAGAAAACUGAAUGUCUUGUAAAGUAUAAAUAGAAUAGUUAAACAAUUAUAUUAUGUACAAAUGUGU